AUGGCUUCCGAUGUGCCUACCCAUACGGUUUUGGAUUCCUCUUUUCCCGUCCUGCUCCCCCGACAUGAUGCACUGUUCAUGAACGAUGCGGACUUUCAGGCUUUCAUUAAACAAGAACUUUCUCGAACUCGCUUGGACGAACUAGAGGAAGAGCUCAAAAACAUCGAAUCAGCAGGAGCCCGACGGCCGCUUUAUCAUGCGUCUGUGAGUACUAACACUCUCAAGCGACGAGCUUCCUCAGAACCUGACAACAAUCGGGCACAGAAAGCGCCAUUCCUUGCGGGACUGGAGAAGCAUGAAGUCUACCAGCGCACAACUGAAGACCUGUCUGCCGAAAAUAAGACACUCACUGCGAACGGAGAUGUCACCAACAUCUCCUCUCAGAACGCUCUUGUCGACCUCUUCUACGACCUUGGUGAGAACACAGCGGGCCGUCAACUGAAGACCUUGCUUGACGCAGCCUGGAAGGAGGAUGCGGCACUGACAUUAAAGAUCAUCUUUAAUGCACGCAGCAUCCACUUGGGUAAGAGCAAUAGGGUCGCUGCGUACAAGGCUUUCGGUUGGCUCGCACAAGAACACCCUCUUACGCUCCUCACGAACUUGCCAUGGCUCGUGCGUCCAGUCAUUGCGAAGAAGGCUCCCAAGUCAGAUGACGGGGAGACGGAGAAGAUGAGUGUAGACGAAAAUUUCGAUACGAUCGGAGUUGAAGAAGCAGGUCCGGACAAAGCUCACGAUGUCCGACAUGGAUUGUCCCAUGGCUAUUGGAAGGAUCUUCUCAACCUUGUCGUCUUCGCAGCCAACGAUCAGCUCAGGGUUGACGGUGAUCCGGAUGCGCUUCUCAUCAAGAAGCCAGACAACUCAAAGGUGGGUAAGAACAAGCGCAAUUGGGAUCAGGCCACCGCAAAAGAGGCCAGGCGUACGUGGAAGAAGGAUCAAAACAAUCGCGUCCAGCGUAAAAUCAUCGAAGACCCUUUCUAUCGCGCUCUUCACUUCACCGUCGCCCGACUCUUCGCCAAGCAGAUGAAGGAAGACAAGGUACUUCUAGACUCAGGCAAGAAGUCCGACUUGAAGAAGCUGUCCCUCGCAGCGAAAUGGUCGCCCACUUUCUCCGAGUUCCACGACAAGCACACUUUCAUUCUAUCGUCUAUCGCAGAAGCUCUAUUGCCCGAUCCGAUCUCAAACUGCUCUCCUCGGGACAAUCGCGAGCACUACCUCCGCCUUGUCCGUGAGGUCUACCGCAAGGAAUAUGCUUCACCACUUCGCAAGGCUCUCAGUGUCGUCGAGCGCGAUAUCGCUGCCAACACUUUCAGCAACAUCGAGUACAGCCGUGUUCCUUCGCUUGCCAUGGAUCGCUACACGGGCCUCUUCAUGAAGAAAGACAUGCCGCGCUUCAAAUCAUACAUCGAAGACGUCGCAAAAGGCACCGCAAAAAUCUCGGGCGCGACUCUUCUGCCAUCAACCCUAAUUGCAAAAGCUCGUUCCCUCGCACGCCAAGCAUCCAGAAACGAACUAAAGGGUAUGAAAGCCCUCAAACUCGCCGCCGAACUCGACAUUCAACGCAACGUCAUCGACGGCCAAUGGACUACCCUCGUUCAGCGCGUCCGCGAUGCUGGCACCUUGACCUCCUCCAUCGCCCUCUGCGACGUCAGCGGCAGCAUGGACGGGCCUGUCUUGAAAGACUCCUCCGUCCCCAUGGACUCUGCCAUUGGGCUAUCUCUACUCAUAUCCUCCGUCACCGCCGCGCCCUUUGGCGGCGGCUUCAUCAACUUCUCCUCGUCUCCCACGUACCUGACCAUCAAGCCCGACCAAGGCCUUGUCGACACAGUCAAGUACAUGGAGUCUACUCCAUGGGGCGGCAGCACGAACUUCACUGCCGUCUUCGAAGACGUCAUCCUCCCCAUGGCCGUCAAGAACCAACUAAAACAGGACGACAUGGUCAAGCAAGUCUUUGUCUUCUCAGACAUGCAAUUCGACCAAGCGGAUUCACGCACGGACCGCUGGUCUUCUGCCUUCUCGCGCAUCAAAGCCAAAUACGCAAACGCUGGAUACGUCAUGCCGCGCCUGAUCUUCUGGAACUUGGCCGCAAGUGCGACGGGCAAGCCGGCUACCGUAGACGACGGCGAUACGAGCCUUGUUAGUGGGUAUUCGCAGGGCAUGCUGCGCGCGUUCCUGGAGUCUGGGGCGUUUGAGCUUGGGGAGGAGGAGGUCGAAGUGGAGAUUGAGGGCGAGGACGGCAUGGUCGAGAUUAGGAGGGUGGAGAAGGGGGUUGAUCCGCUGGAGACGGUGAGGAAGGCGGUGGGGGGGAGGGCGUAUGGGAUGUUGGAGGUUGUGGAUUAA